AUGUUCUACUUGUUAUUCCCAACGCUGAUCUCUGUAGCGUCCAGCCAGUCGGUGAAGGUCACCCUGGGACCACUCAGGGAAGAGCAGAAAGCCAGUACUUACGUGGGGAACAUCGCCAGUGCUACGUCAAUCAGCCGAGACGUCACUCAGAUAGAGUUUACCACCUUAAGGUUCGAUUUUCUGGACCCUUCCGACCGAGAGACGCAUUUGUUUUCCAUAAAUGGCCGCUCUGGGGCCCUGUUUACACAGACGAUGAUUGACAGGGAGUCCAUUUGUCCCGAGAUGGAAGAGUGCGUGUUGAAAUUCGAUGUCACCGUGAGUUCCGAGGUGACGGCGUUUCUUCGACUCGUCGAGGUCUCUAUCAGCAUAAUGGAUAUCAACGAUAACAUGCCGACCUUUGAUACAGACGAGAUCACCAUUGACCCACUCCCAACAGCCAUUGACCGCGACACGGGCGAGAACUCUGUUCAGAAGUACAAACUAGUGAGUCCUUCAGAGCCAUUCUCGCUGAAUGUGGAGAAGACACUCAACAACAAGUUCCGGGUCUCGCUGGUGGCUAACUCUGUGCUGGACCGCGAGAAACAGGACCGCUACACCCUCCUCCUGACGGCCACUGACGGUGGCCCACAGCCGAUGACAGGUACUUUGACGGUCCACGUGAACGUCACGGACACCAACGACAACAGCCCGACCUUCACCCAACAGGAUUACUCCUACAGCGUCGUGGAGACUGCUGGGGUCGGCGACGUGGUCGGCAAACUGACCGCCACAGACAAGGAUAUCGGCAAAAACGGGGAUAUCAGGUACACAAUAACCUUUCCGCCAAGGGACACCAGAGGGCGGACACUGUUUGCCAUCGACCAGUUCACGGGAGAGAUCACCAUUAAAUCACCUCUACAGUAUGAUGCAGGUAAAACAUUUGAUGCGGUGGUGGAGGCCAAAGACCAAGGAGACAUUCCCCAUAUCGCAGAAGCAGCUGUGACGUUGACCAUUGUCAAUGUUGGCAACAACGCCCCUCGCCUGGAGGUCAAGCUACAGAAGACGGUCUUUGAGAAUACCGUGCUUAUAUCGGAGGAUGCCAAGAACAGCACCUUUGUUGGCAAGCUUACGGCGGUUGACAAUGACCCAGGUGCCAGCGGCAAGGUGGACUGUUUCUCCGCCCACCCAAACUUUAAGACGGACAACUUUGGCGAAUACUAUGCCAUCAUUAUGAACGGGAGCCUGGACCGGGAGCAGGCUGAGAAGAUUGACGUCAAACUGGUCUGCACGGACGCUGGCUCGCCGCCCAAGACUGCCUCGUCAACGUUUCAUGUUAUUGUGUCCGACAUCAACGACAACGCUCCCGUGUUCAGUCAGAUACAGUAUGUGGCCAACGUCACAGAGGAAAACAUCGUUGGCAAGCAGAUUUUGAAGCUGACGGCAGAGGACCCAGACGCGGGCAUCAACCGGGUCUUCACCUUCUCCUUGUUCCCCAAAGAAAACAGCGUCUUCUCCAUAGACAGGGACAGCGGGAUACUCAAGGCCAGAACCACAUUCGACCACGAAGUGGAGAAGCGGCUCAACGUCAUCGUCCUGGCCACAGACGAGGGACAUCCGUCGCUCGUCAGCACGGCCACCGUGGUUGUUAACAUUCUGGACAUCAAUGACAACUACCCAGAGAUCAUCACCAGAGAGCUGAGGGUUCCCGAAGGAGGCGGCAGCAUGAAGUACAUCGGCAAGCUUGAAGGCUCCGACAAGGACUCAGGUCUCAACAGUGAGUUAGUCUUCUCCAUGCCACCCACCUCGGACAUCUCUGGUCAGACGUUUAAGGUCAACCCUGACGGUGUGGUUCUGGCUCUGCAGGAGCUGGACAGAGAGACACGGGACAAGUACAUCCUACACUUGGAAGUCCUUACGGUCCUUGUUGAAGACAUCAAUGAUCAUGCGCCCUUCUUUCAUUUCCCCACCCAGAGAAACAAGACGGUCUCUUUCUUGUGGUCGAUGCCAGUGAACCGAGAAAUCACCAGGGUCAACGCCACCGACGACGAUCUAGGCGAGAACAAAACCAUUUCAUAUUUUAUUUCUUCAAAAUACAACAAAGCUGAUUUAUUUGGUUUGGACAAAACAACAGGAGUUCUUUACCUCCGGAGGAAAGUAAAAGACACUGAUGAUCAGAAUCACAGACUCAUGAUAGGUGCUCAGGAUUGGGGAGUAGAACCGAGGGAGAGUGAAGCUUUGCUGGAGAUUAUUAUUGAUGUGACUAACGCCACAUUUUCUGCUCUUGAUGGACGAGACCCCGAAGAGAAAUAUAUUCUGAUUGCUGGUGGCGUCGCUGGGGUCACGCUGCUGUUUUCUGUGUUUAUUCUUGUGAUUAUUUUUGUGAUCCGUCGAGGAAACAACAGUAGGUCUUCCGUGCCUCCGGGAAAGGAACCGGACUGGCAACUGGUGAAAACAGGCAUCCAAGAGGAGUGUGGUAAAGGGGAGGUUGAAAAAGUUGUGGCUUGGAGAGGGUCCGAUGCUGAUAUUGAAUUCAAGGACUUCGAUGAAGGGGAACCAGAUGGCAACUUUUCGCUUCACUCCCAGCCGGACGUGACCAAGAUUGGCAUUGAUGGAACCUCCAAGAAAUGCCUCGGUGAAGGGUCACCCUGGAACAGUGGUAAAGAUGGAGGCUUACAGGGACAGGUGGUACUAGGAUUGGGAUCAGAUCCUUACCGCAAGCAUGAUUUUUACACCUUCUGCAAG